GCCCAAUCAGGCAAGAAUCUAGUCUGGCCAAUGAGCAACCGGCUUACAUUUGUUCUGUGAGGUAGAAAGGGAGGAUCAUGAUCUGAUGCUGACAAGAAAAUAGUCUCUGAUAUUUUCAUGCUACCCUACGGAAGAGAACAGCUUGCCCUUUUCCAAGCAAAAUAAUAUGUAUUCCUAUUGUUGGUAGCUUGUGUUUAAAACCUGCUUUUAGAAAAUCAUGAUAAUUUAAGAGCAUAAUGUUUAAAAGAAGAGCUAUAUAGCACUUUUUUUACGGAGAGAAUAUUUUUUUACAAUAGUGUUUUGGUCAGUCUAGUGAAAAAUUAAUCUAGCCUUAAAAGGUUAUCCAUUUUAGCUGCAGUAUUACUUUUGUAUUAUGGCCAGUCGCGCUUUGAUAAAUGGGAGAACACCAAGUUCUGGCUCAAAAUAUUUAUCCUUAAAUCUGGGAGCUGCUUUAGAUCAGUGUGUUCAGACCCGGAUAUUCAAAAUCAUUGUGAUUGGGGAUUCCAACGUCGGGAAAACCUGCCUGACCUUCAGAUUCUGUGGAGGAACCUUUCCUGAGAGAACAGAAGCCACUAUUGGUGUGGACUUCAGAGAAAAGACUGUGGAGAUUGAAGGAGAGCAAAUUAAGAUUCAGGUGUGGGACACAGCUGGCCAAGAACGGUUCAGGAAGAGUAUGGUGGAACAUUACUAUCGUAAUGUGCAUGCUGUGGUCUUUGUCUAUGAUGUCACCAAGAUGUCUUCCUUUGAGAAUCUCAAGACCUGGGUUCAGGAAUGCAAUGGUCAUUCUGUUUCUCCCUUGGUCCCCAAAGUGCUUGUGGGGAAUAAAUGCGACUUGCUAGAUCAAAUCCAGGUACCAUCCAAUGUAGCACUGAAGUUUGCUGAUGCACACAACAUGCUGUUAUUUGAAACAUCAGCCAAAGACCCGAAAGAGAGUCAGAAUGUUGAGUCCAUUUUUAUGUGCCUGGCCUGUAGAUUGAAAGCCCAGAAGUCUUUGCUGUGCAGAGAGGUGGAAAGCAACGUCAGACUUUCACAAGUUGCUACCAGUUCCAGGAGCUGUCCUUGCUGAAAACUGUGACUGCUUAAGGUGUUAGAACUUGGGACUGCAUGUGCAGCUCUGGAGAGAACUGGUGUGUUUGCUUCUUUCUCGGGAAACUGUUUGUUUCCAGAUAGUCUAUUUAUUUCAAUAUUCAUUCUGCACAAAGGAUAUUUUCUGACUGAUCAAAUACUGGCAGUACCUUAGGCUGUGAUUUGCUGCAAACAAAUGUAACAGUUUUUAUGUAUUACCCAUUGUGAUUAAUUACUCCUUUAUAGCUUCAGCAGUAUUGACUGAGGUGUUUUUUGACAUAUUUUUGUUUUUGCAUUUAAAGAAGUUUUAAUGCCAAAUACCAGGUUCAGUAAUGCUCAGCUGAACUGAAGAUCCUUGCCAUUUAUGUUUACAGUUUUAUAAAGAGACUUAGGUUAGUUUUAACUUUUGACUUUGCUCCAUUAGAUUUUUAAACAGCAGCACUUGUCAAUGGAAUCUCUCAACAUGCAAAUUUGUUUCCUGAUUAUAAUGUACUAUAGGACAGAACCAAUUUACACCCAUUAUUUUCUUUGCAUUUCAUUCAAGAAUUACUCUUAGGUGGGGGAAUUAAUAUUGGAUGGAGAGAUUCAAGUUUUUUAUAUUUGUUUCUCAGAAGUCCUAAUUUAAUUUGGUAACAACAAAACUGCCAUGCUAUUUAAAUACCUGAAAGACGUCAAGCCUGUCAGAAUUGGCCAUGAAAGACAAACCAAGCACAACAGAGAAUUAUUUGAUUCUCGAGUCCAGGGUGGAGGCAAGAAUGUGAGCCACAUGACAGUUAUUAGAAGAGGCUAUACAGAAUUACAUCGUAUGCCAGAACAAAUGUAAAUGAACAUAAAUGUACAUAUGGUAUCUGUGGAUAUUAUGCGAAUAGGAAAAUAUUAAAAAUGUGGUCUGCCAGUGUCUUUGGUAAGGUGUUUCCCAGACUAAUGUAUGAACAUCAAGCUUUAGGGCUCUACUUUUUACUCCUUUCUUGGUGAUAAAAUGUAUCCCUCUACAAUUGAAAAUAUUGGAUUAGUACUAGUGAAGAAAGGUACACUGGGAUGAUAGAAAAAUGCCUACUUGAAAAAGGUGCUGUUUUGCCACUGGCAGUGCCAAAUGCAAUUGGAAAAUGUUGCUUGGUUUAACUUUUUGUGCAAGUCUCCACUGCUUAUUAUAUAACGUGGCUCUAAUGUUUAUUGCCAGAAAUAUGUGCCAGCAUCAUACUGGUAUAUAAGAAAUGAUCAAAGCACACAGAAAAAACUAAUCUGUAUUAAAAUACCUGAGAAACUUAAAUAUUUACUCAAAGCAUCUGAAGUGGUUAACAACACUGUUUCUUUUUGUUUUGUUUUCUAAGACUUCACUUAAAUGUUUUGUUUUGUCCUGCAGUCAGACCAGCUCCAGGUGAGGCAGAAAUCACACAGACAAUGGUUGCAAGUUGGUACUCCAACCUCAUGAUUUAUGACCUAGGUAUAUGAUUUCAGGGUCUUUCUUGGACUACUUUCAUGACUCUGGCUUUGGUAUUGUCAUGUAAGCAUCCAUUUAUUUUGUUUUAUUGUCCUUGAGAUUUCCUUCAGCUUGUACACUGGAGUCGAAUUCCACCUUGAUGACCAAGUCUAUCAUUUCUUUUAGGAUAAAUGUUAUGAAAAAAACAGUUUUAAGUGCAUUUAAAAUAAAGACGUGUGUUCAAUAUAA